GUCGGGCUUGUUCGCUCGCUCACUCGCUAGCAAUGUAUCCGAUGUGUGUUUCUGCACAUGGCCGUUUCACAGAACGACGUGUCAUUACGCUGCUCUCCAACAAAUUCAAUUUUUCCACUGAUAUAUUAUAUUAUUUAUCCCACCCACCAUGACGACAUCCUCAGAAGAUGUGCUGAUGCAAGUAGGCCAAGUUCGUCACAAAAAAGGUGAUGGAACUCUUUACGUAAUGAAUGAACGUAUCGCUUGGAUGGUGGACAAUAAAGACACUGUGUCUGUGAGUCAUAAAUACGCUGAUAUUAAAAUGCAAAAAAUUUCACCGGACGGGAAAUCUAAAAUUCAGUUACAAGUUGUUUUACAUGACGGCUCGUCCUCGACGUUUCAUUUCGUCAACAGAAAUGGUCAAGCGGCACAAAUAAAAGAUCGGGAUGAUGUGAAAGAGUUGUUGCAGCAAUUGUUACCUAAAUUUAAACGGAAAGUCAAUAAGGAGCUUGAAGAAAAAAAUAGAUUGCUGCAGGAAAAUCCGACGUUGUUACAAUUAUACCGUGAUUUAGUAAUAACUCAAGUAAUUACUUCAGAAGAAUUCUGGAAUCAUCAUGCAGUCGAGUAUACCCAGGCAAAGAAGAGCCAACGUCAGGAUAUUGGAGUAAAUAGUGCCUUCCUCGCUGAUAUAAAACCACAAACGGACGGUUGCAAUGGUUUAAAAUAUAACUUGACAGUAGAUAUAAUAGAGUGUAUAUUCAAAACUUAUCCAGCGGUGAAGCGAAAGCACCAAGAGAAUGUGCCUCACAAAAUGUCUGAGUCUGACUUUUGGACAAAAUUUUUUCAAUCUCACUAUUUUCACCGGGACCGUAUUAACGCCGGGACCAAAGACCUAUUUACCGAGUGUGCCAAAAUAGACGAUCAGGAGCUGAAAAAAGACAUACAGACUGGCAUCAAUGAUCCGCUGCUGGACAUCACGUCCUUUGAAGACAAAACGACUGACGACAAUUACGAGAGCGGGUUCAGCAAAGCCGACAAGUCUUCAGGCAAUGCUGUGCAUCAGAGCAUGAUCAAGAGAUUUAAUCAGCACAGCAUCAUGGUCAUGAAAGCAAACACUGCCAGGCAGCAACCGGCUCCCCAAGCUGCCACCCCUCAAAUUAACGGAUCAGCAGCAGCGGCUGCUAAAACUCCCGCUGCUAAAUCGGACGACGAACCAAAGAGCAAAAAACGUAGGAUACAAGAAAAGAUUCAGUACAACGAUUUAGACGCGAGUGAAAAUACGGGAGCGGCUCUAGGAACUCCGUUAAAUUUAACCCACGUCGAUAGAUAUUUGCAUGGGCCAAUUGCUGGUAGCGGUUGUAACGAAACAACAGAUGAUCUCCAGACAGCGCUAAGUCUAUUGAAACGUGAGGCUGCCAACUGGGUCAAUGGAAACACAUUAUCUAGACAGCCAGCUACGUCAUUAAUCAGUCCAGCAGCUUCGGUAUCUGCUCUCGGAGAAUUAACGCCCGGCGGGGCUUUAAUGAAAGGCUUUCGCGAGGAUAAUGUCGGGCAAUUGAUACCAAAGGAUUUGGAGAAAGAAUUGCGCAACGUCUAUGUGUCACUCUGCGAGUUGCUCAAACACUUUUGGCGCAGCUUCCCUCCUACGACUCCACAGCUCGAGGAAAAAGUUAUCAGGAUGCACGGGACGUUGCAAAGAUUUCAUUCGUCAAAGCUCAAACCUUUUGAAGAUCGUAUACAACGAGAGUUCUCAGCAGUAAGCCAACAUUUAACAAGUCAUUUAAAUUUAUUACUAAAUACUGCCUACAGAAGAUUCGCGGUUUGGCAGCAGAGAAAAAUGCAAAUGAGGUAGCCGAGCUACGCGAUUAAUUAGAAAAAUAUUAAUAAAUAAAACUAAUAAAUCUUAACAAAUUAAAAAAAUUUGAGGUAAAUUAAAUAAAAGCAAUAUCAGUAAUCAACACAUAUUGCAUUUUUUGUAAUGUUACCGUAAUUAGAUUUUUAAAUUAACAGUUGUGUGUCUUAUAUAUUAAAAAUUAAUAAUAAUUAAAGAAAAAGAACCAAAUGCGAUUGCACAUAUUUAUGGCAUAUCUACUCUUUAUUAUUAUUUAUUUAUAGAUUUAAAUACUAUCAACUUAUUUUAAUUGUUGUCUAUAUAUUUAAAUUAAACCGAUAGACAAGUGAAUAUAUAUUGAUCAGUGUUCAUUUGCUUAUCACUAUAUGGAUUAAAUCAAAGACUGUAACUACUUUAUUAUUUUUUUGUCUGUUUUUAUAAACUGUCUGACUUGAAUUGCCUGCGUUUGUAUUUUUAAAAUUUAUCUGCACCAGGUUUAAGUGUUGGAUUGUUCAUUAAAAUUAUAGUGUGUUAAUUUAUGAUGACAAUUAGCCAUAUAAAUUUAUUAUUUAUGUCUAAUUGUUACUAUUAUUUUCUCUAUUGU